AUGGCUGAGCCCAUCGACCAAGUCGAACCAUCCGACCAUACGGUCACUACUCAGGAUGUCUCAGUCAAGGAUCCAGCCACAACCACCACCACCAAUACUUCCCUAGAGGGCGCUAAAUCCUGCAAGAAACAUCCCGAUCACCCAGACCAGAAACAAAAACAGAAACAGAAAGAUAAGCGAAAGAAGCGCUCCAAAAAGAAGUCCCCACAUGACGAUGACGACGAGACUGAGUCCUCUGAUGAUUCCUCCUCUUCUUCCUCCGAUGACUCCGACUCCUCAGACUCCGGGGACGCCGACUCCGAAUCCGACUCCAGCGAAUCCGACGAGCUCGACCGCCGUAAGCGCAAUCGAAUGAGGGCCAAGGCUCGUGCCAAACAAGCCCUGAAAGAUAAGAAGCGAAAGAAGAAGAAGAAUCGCUCGCGCCAAUCUCGCAAAGUCAUCUCUUCCGAUUCUGACUCAGCGUCUACUGUGGACUCCGAAUCUGACGAAGAUUCCACCGACGAAUCGGAUGAGUCGCUCGACGAAAAGGCUCUGCGGAAACUUGUCACUCGCUUGAAGCUGAAACGCCAGGCCAAGAAGCUCCGAGAUCAAGCCAACGAUGAUCUGGGCCUGGGUGAUCCCCUGGGCGAUGGUCGCCGCGAGAAACGCUCCAAGAGGAAGAAGCCGGCCUCUAAAGUGGCAUUUAAGCGUGUGGAUCAACUAUGGGAUACCACCAUCCACAAGUACAAACUCACCGAAACCGUGGACGACCCCGAUGCUGACGAGUGGGACCAAUACAUCUUCACCGUUCGCCGCAAGUUCAACUGGGAAAAUAAAUACCUCGAGACCGUCGUCGAUAUCAAAAGCAAAUACCUGCGUGAUGCCCUCGCCAAGGUCAUGGACGGUGUCAAAGGCGUCAGUUUGGUCCAGGAGACCGCGGUCGUCGACCCCAACAUGCUCUUCCUCUACCUUGAGGAGACUCGUCAGUGUAUGAAGGAUCUUCGCAAACAAUCCCGUCGGGAGAAGAAGAAGAAGGCCCGCAAAGCUGCUGCCAACAAGGCGGCCCAUCUGAAGAUCUUGAUCAAGUACCUCGACAUGGACUACGCCGACAUCAAAAAGACCCUCUACCCACUGCUCGAGGCCAACACCAUCACCUUCGACUUGCUCUGGGCACUGUACAAACCCAACACAAUCGCCUACUGCCCGACCUACGGCAAUUCCGAUGAGCCCCGCGCCUUCAAAAUGGAGUACGCCAUUAAGGAAUCCUCCUUCAUGAAGGGUCAGUGGUAUAGCGUCGAGGGUCGCUAUCUCGAAUACGAUGGAAAAGACUUUGGCUUUGGCACUAUGUCCGCCGAAGUUGAGUCCUUCAAGGGAGCCCGCAAGAUCACCAGUCUCGCCUGCUAUCCCCUGCAGUAUCACCGAGACUCCGAGGCCCUGCGUGGCCGACUGAUUGAACGCGGGAAACGAUUUGUCGCCCUCCGCGGCAUGAAUUACCGAUUCCACAAGGGUAUGGCAUUUUAUAAGAAGAAGCGAUCUUUUGUGGUCAAAGUCAAUAUCAACGGUCGCGUGAUGAUCGACCCAGCCAUCCAUCGUCGAAUCAACCCCAACUACCCUAUCAGCACCGUCCGCCCCAAGGACCCCGAUCUCCUCGAUCCAUCCGAAGCAGGCAUGAGUGAUGCUGACGAAGAGGGCAGCGAUGGAGGCGGGUGCUGCUGUGGAGGAUCAGACUCGGAUUCAGACAAUGGCGGCUGCUCAGAUACCCCACGAACAGUAUACAAAGUGAUCGAGGGAGACGACGGCAACCCACGCGUCGUAGAGGUCGAAGUUGACGAGAACGGGCAAGAGAUCACCAAGGAGAAGAUGGACCGAAUUGAAGGCGACGCCACCUCCCCUUCCCAAGAACGCGAAUUCACUGAAGAAGAGCUCCUCAUCGCCAGCCCCGUCGUACUUGGCUUCGCCUUCAGCGAAAAGCUCUGGUUAGAAUUCACCGUCUCAGGAAUCAGCGACAUCGAAUGGAACGUGGACGCCUUCGACUCACUCGUCCUACCAAACAACCAAAAGUCCAUCGUGAAGGCGCUCGUGGAAUCCCACACCUUCCACGCAGCCGAGAAUAUCGACGACGUAAUCCAAGGCAAAGGAAAAGGCCUCGUCGCUGUCCUCCACGGACCCCCAGGAACCGGCAAGACCCUCACAGCAGAAGGAAUCGCCGAACUCCUCCGCCGACCACUAUACAUGGUCAGCGCCGGCGAACUAGGUACCGACUCACGUACACUGGAAGCAGAACUGAACAAGAUCCUCGACAUAGCACACUCCUGGGGCGCAGUCCUCCUCCUCGAUGAAGCAGACAUAUUCCUCGAAAAGCGCACCAUCCACGACAUCCAUCGUAACGCGCUGGUUAGCAUAUUCCUCCGACUCCUGGAAUAUUUCCAGGGUAUCCUCUUCCUGACCACAAACCGUGUGGAAACGUUUGACGACGCAUUCCAGUCCCGCAUCCACGUUGCCCUGCGGUACGGCGAUCUCACUUCCAAGGCGAAACGAAGUAUCUGGAAGAUGUUCCUGGAACGAGUGCGUGCGAUUGAGGGGGUGAAGGUGGCGACGUUCACAGAGGAGAAUUAUGAUAUCUUAUCUCGGCAUACGUUGAACGGGCGACAGAUCAAAAACUCCGUUCGCACCGCGCAGGCUUUGGCGGUAAAUGAGAGCUCCCCUUUAUCAAUGGAUCACAUCAAACGUGUGCUGGAAGUCGCCGAGACAUUCGACCAAGAUUUACGUGGUGGAACGGGGUACCUGGAUGCGAUGCGUAGUUAUACCUAA